AUGGCACCAAACCACGGAUUAGUUCACUUGAAAGAGUACGAUAUCAAAGACAGCAAUGUGGAGCUGAUUGGCACCGACAUCGACCACAAGGUCAAGUACAACUCUGCAAAGACCGAACCAGCUUGGAACAACGGCUCGAUCGGCGACAGCGCCGGGCUAUUUGUCUGGCGCAUUGAGAACUUUGAAGUUGUACCGUGGCCGAAGGAGAAAUAUGGCCAGUUCUACGACGGUGACAGUUACAUUGUGCUCCACUCGUACAAAGUUGGCAGCAAAGAUGGAACCGAGAAGCUCGGUCACGACAUCUUCUUCUGGCUCGGUAGUCAUACGUCUCAGGAUGAGGCCGGCGUUGCAGCAUACAAGACAGUCGAGCUUGACGAGUUCCUGCACGGUGCCGCUACCCAGCAUCGCGAGAUACAGGAAAGCCCGUCAGAUGACUUCAUGGAGCUGUUUCCACGGUUGUCCAUUCGAUCUGGCGGAGUUCAGUCCGGAUUUCGGCAUGUGGAGGAGGCACCAAAAGAGGACAUUCUCACUCUGUUGCGCGUCUUCAAACAUCCCAGUGCCGCUGGACGAGACUCGGUUGUGGUGGUCGAAGUCGAGCCGACCUGGCAAAGUCUCGACGAGGAGGACGUCUUCAUUUUGGACAAGGGAGACAAGAUCUGGGUAUGGCAAGGCAAGAAAUGUAGCCCCAUGGAGAAGGCCAAGGCAGCGCAAGUUGUUCAUGAUAUGACGCUCGCCAAGCAUGUCGAUGUUGAGGUUCUUUCCCAGACGGAGUCUAGAUCCCGACUUGUCGUUAAGCUGCUGGGUGACGAUGAAUCUCGCCUCGAAUUCCGGCACGCGCGACCUGUUCAGUCACACUCCAAAGUCCUGGGCGGCCGCCGGCAUCAGAAGCUAUUCAGACUUAGUGACGCAUCUGGCCAACUAUCUUUUAGUCUGAUCAAAGAUAGCGGCCCGGUCUCUUUGACCGAUUUGGACGGGAAUGACGUAUUCAUUCUGGAUGAUGCGGGCAAAGAGAUAUGGGUUUGGCAAGGGCAAGGAGCCAGCAAGGCAGAGAAGGCAUCCUGGCUCCGAGUAGCUCAGGCCUAUGUUCGACAUUUACAGGAUAGCGAAGACGCUGAGGCUUAUCUCACGCCGAUCGCCAAAGUGGUGCAAGGUAGUGAAAGCGCCGGCUUUCUUAAAGCUGUAGCUGCAUAA